AUGCGGACCCCGCGAGCGCCCCCACCCCGUCCGGCCCUGCUGCUCCUGCUGCUGCUACUGGGGGGCUCCCACGGCCUCUUCCCCGAGGAGCCGCCGCCGCUCAGCGUGGCCCCCCGGGACUACCUAAACCACUACCCCGUGUUCGUGGGCCGCGGACCCGGACGCCUGACCUCCGCAGAGGGGGCUGAGGACCUCAACAUCCAGCGCGUCCUGCGGGUCAACAGGACGCUGUUCAUUGGAGACAGGGACAACCUGUACCGAGUGGAACUGGAGCCCCCCACGUCCACAGAGCUGCGGUACCAGCGGAAGCUGACCUGGCGUUCCAACCCCAGUGACAUCGAUGUGUGCCGGAUGAAGGGCAAGCAGGAGGGCGAGUGUCGAAACUUCGUAAAGGUGCUGCUACUUCGCGACGAGUCCACGCUCUUCAUGUGUGGCUCCAACGCCUUCAACCCUGUGUGUGCCAACUAUAGCAUGGACACACUGCAGCCCCUCGGGGACAACAUCAGUGGCAUGGCCCGCUGCCCAUAUGACCCCAAACAUGCCAACGUUGCCCUCUUCUCUGAUGGGAUGCUCUUCACGGCCACCGUUACUGACUUCCUCGCUAUUGAUGCUGUCAUCUACCGCAGCCUGGGGGACCGGCCCACCCUGCGCACCGUGAAACACGACUCCAAAUGGUUCAAAGAGCCCUACUUUAUCCACGCAGUGGAGUGGGGCAGCCACGUCUACUUCUUCUUCCGGGAGAUCGCGAUGGAGUUUAACUACCUGGAGAAGGUGGUGGUGUCCCGCGUGGCCCGGGUGUGCAAGAAUGACGUGGGGGGCUCCCCUCGAGUGCUGGAGAAGCAGUGGACAUCCUUCCUGAAGGCGCGCCUCAACUGCUCUGUGCCCGGAGACUCCCACUUCUACUUCAACGUGCUCCAGGCCGUCACGGGCGUGGUCAGCCUGGGGGGCCGGCCCGUGGUCCUUGCCGUCUUGUCCACUCCCAGCAACAGCAUCCCUGGCUCGGCCGUCUGCGCUUUUGACAUGACACAGGUGGCUGCUGUGUUCGAAGGCCGCUUCCGCGAGCAGAAGUCCCCUGAGUCCAUCUGGACGGCUGUGCCGGAAGAUCAGGUGCCUCGGCCCCGGCCUGGGUGCUGCGCAGUUCCUGGCAUGCAAUACAACACAUCCAGCGCCUUCCCUGACGAGAUCCUCAACUUCGUCAAGACACAUCCCCUAAUGGACGAGGCCGUGCCCUCGCUGGGCCACGCACCCUGGAUUGUGCGGACACUGAUGCGGCAUCAGCUGACACGGGUGGCCGUGGACGUGGGUGCUGGCCCCUGGGGCAACCAGACUGUUGUCUUCCUGGGAUCUGAGGCGGGCACCGUUCUCAAGUUCCUUGUCCGGCCCAACACCAGCGCCCUGGAGACCACAGGGCCUACUGUCUUCCUGGAGGAGUUCGAGACCUAUCGGCCGGACAGGUGUGGACAGUCCGGUGGCAGUGGCAAGAGUGGGCGGCGGCUGCUAAGCUUGGAGCUGGAUGUGGCCUCAGGCAGCCUGCUGGCGGCCUUCCCCCGUUGUGUGGUCCGUGUGCCAGUAGCCCGCUGCCAGCAGCACUCAGGGUGCAUGAAGAACUGUAUCGGCAGCCAGGAUCCCUACUGCGGGUGGGCCCCCGAUGGCUCCUGCGUCUUCCUCAGCCCGGGCAUCAGAGCCACCUUUGAGCAGGACGUGUCUGGGGCCAGCACCUCAGGCUUAGGGGACUGCACAGGGCUGCUGCGGGCCAGCCUCUCGGAGGAGCGUGCAGGGCUGGUGUCGGUGAACCUGCUGGUGACCUCGUCGGUGGCGGCCUUCGUGGUGGGUGCCGUGGUGUCCGGCUUCAGCGUGGGCUGGUUCGUGGGCCUCCGCGAGCGGCGCGAGCUGGCCCGCCGCAAGGACAAGGAGGCCAUCCUGGCGCACGGCGGCGGGGAGGCCGUGCUGAGCGUCAGCCGGCUGGGUGAGCGCCGGGGGCCGGGCGCGGGCGGCCGCAGCGGUGGGGGCGUCGUCGGUGGCGCCGGGGGUCCCCCCGAGGCCCUGCUGGCCCCUCUGAUGCAGAACGGCUGGGCCAAGGCCACGCUGCUGCAGGGGGGCCCCCACGACCUCGACUCCGGGCUGCUGCCUACACCCGAACAGACGCCGCUGCCCCAGAAGCGCCUGCCCACGCCGCACCCGCACCCCCACGCCCUCGGCCCCCGCGGCUGGGACCACGGCCACCCCCUGCUCUCCGCCUCCUCCUCGCUCCUGCUGCUGGCCCCGGCCCGGGCCCCGGAGCAGCCUCCGGCGGGUGAGCCGGCCCCCGAUGCCCGCCUCUACACCGGCCGGCCCUGCCGCGCCUCCCACGGCGACUUCCCGCUCACCCCCCACGCCAGCCCAGACCGCCGGCGCGUGGUGUCGGCGCCCACGGGCCCCUUGGACCCAACCUCAGCCGGCGACAGCCUCCCGCGGCCCUGGAGCCCACCCCCGACGGGCAGCCUCCGGAGGCCGGGCCCCCACGGCCCGCCCGCCGCCGCCCUGCGCCGCACGCACACUUUCAACAGCGGCGAGGGCCGGCCCGGUGACCAUCCCCGGGGCCGCCACGGCCGGCCGAGCACGGACCUGGCGCACCUCCUCCCCUAUGGGGGGCCAGACAGGACUGCGCCCCCCGUGCCCUAG